AUGAACCGUUGCGCAGAAGACCUGUGCUUGGUUGUUGAACCGAUCGACAAUUAUCCUAUCGAUAUCUCAAUUCGAAACUAUUAUAAUGCAAAACUAUCCGAAAUAUCGGUUGCCGAAGUCCGCAGACAACUCCAAAAGGCACUCUUGACGAAGGAAGAGGGAGGUGAGGAUGAAAGCAGCUUUUUGGGAAUGCUCCUGCGAAACGUUGUAAAGAACAUGGAGAUCACAAUCAAGAAUAUCCAUCUCCGGUAUGAAGAUCAUCUCUCGGAUAGUCCGUUUUUCGCAUUCGGCGCUGUCAUCAAAUCCCUGACAUUCAAUACGAUCGACGACAGCCGAUUAGAGCGCGAUAAGUCGUACAAACAGCUGGUAAUCAAGAACACACGCGUCUACUUUUCCACGUUGCAACGCGAUUGGAACGAGCUCGAUCUUCUCGAGAUGGUGGGGAUUCUCAGCAACAUCGACACGGUGAGUGGAAUUGCGAACAUCCUGAACAUUCCCGAUCUGGUGAUUUACACCGCGGGGAUUAAUAAGAACUACGAUCUGUGCGGCUCGAUGGACUUGAAUGACUCGCAGGAAUUCUCCGGAUCAGUCGAUUUUCAUUCAGGUUCCCCAUAUCGAAAUGUCUCUUUCGCACUCCCAGUACGAGCUGCUGAUGCACACGAACGACUUCUUCACACGCACUGCGAAUCGUGA